AAUCAACCCUCCCUUUCGAGCCUUCUGCUAAAUUACCAGUGGAAUGACAUUUGCCUCUGCAGAUCUCUGAAUGCAGUCCAGUGCUCUGUCUGACUGAGACUUCCUAGAGGACUGGAACUGCAAUCAUGGAGAAUGACUCUCAUUCCAGCAGUCAACAGGCGUUCCGCACAGAUGUUGAGCUAGGAAAAAAGAAAAAUGCUGGAUACUUUAGUUACCACUGUGUUGCCCUAAUUCUGGGCUUGGUUUUUCUCAUGCUGACCCUUUGCAUCUUUAGCCUGCGAUACAUUUGGAGCACAACCCCUGGAAAGAUCUACAAUUAUGAGUACAAGGCUCUGCUGGAUGGUGUGGAGACCGAGAGCAUGAUGGAGAUCAAUCCUGCCAAACAGUUGGAAAUCCUCAGAGUGAGCAAUGGCAGUGAGGAGGUCCUGGAGGUCCAUGAUUUUCAAAAUGGACUGACAGGUAUCCGUUUUGCCAAACAUCAAAGAUGCUACAUCAGGACUCAGACCAGGGAGCUGCCCAAACUGGCUGAUGUAGACCUGAAGAAGGCAGAGUUUGAGGUUGGUGAGUCUGGAGAGGUGACUAUGCAGGUGGUGGACUCUUAUGUGUGGAUCCCUGCGAAGCAGCCUAUCAGUAACAGAGCAUUUUUGCAAAACUCCAAGAUCUGGGAAAUCUGCCAAGAGCUGCCCAUCCACUGGAUGCACCUAUCUCCGGUUGGAGAUGCUACGUUCAGUGAUGAAGAGGAUGUAAAAAUGCAGGACACCCUAGAGACACAGGCUCAUGCAGUACGUCAAGCUAGGGACAUCAUGGAUGAAUUGCCAGUAAACGACUAUAGUGAAAUUGGUCUUCAGCUGGACAGCAGCCUGGAUGAACAGGGCUACUGCUGCCAAUACUGCCGACGCGGGUACCGCUUCUGUCGUCGCUAUCAUGAGCCACUGCUCGGCUACUGGCCUUACCCUUACUUUUAUCAAGGAGGCAGGGUCAUCUGUCAAAUCGUCAUGCCAUGUAACUGGUGGAUUGCACGGAUGCUGGGCAGAGUGUGAGAGAGCAAGAACCUACUAAAUAUGGUGGUGUGCUGCCUAGGGGAAACUCCACCUUGUGUCUGUAUCUUAUGUUCUGAUCUGAUCUUCAAAUGUUGCGUAAAAAAAUGUUCAAAUAUUUAAAUUCAAAACUUUGCAUUAAAUCUUUUUUUUUUUUUUUUUUUACUGUUCUCAAUGCAUGAUUUUGAUCACUUUUACUGUUAUCAUUCAUGCAACAGACAUUCAAAGAAUAUGUUUUUUUAGCCAUAAAAAGUGUGUGGAGAGGAAUUAAAAGCUAAUGGCUCUUUAUUGAGAAAUCAAUUAUGAAUGUCAAUAGAGUGCUCUAUAAAUUUGUAUCGUCUGCAUGGCUUCCACUAUGUCUUAAGCCCCUGUUUGGUUUAUGCUCUAAUCAAUAGUAGAUUAAAGGCAUUGUAUAAUCUUGUAUAGACAAUAUUGAUUUACAUAUAAUUGCAGUACACAGAACUUUAUUAAACUAAAUCAAGGCACAACUUGCA